AUGAAGUCGACUUUAAUGGUUGUAAUGGUAGCAAAUGGUCCAAGCCCUUUUUCGUUCUCCGCGAUUUCGAUUUUACCGCAAUCAUUUGAUGAGAACGACGUAUACAAUAGAGACGAAGUACUCUCCGCUGUUUUCGAGAAAUACUCCUUGCAGUCUGAGGCAGAGCAAAUGAUGCUCUUGGAACCACAUCCUCCUCAUUCUCAAAGUAAAUCACAAGCAGAGGCACAAUUUUGGAUACAUACCAAAGUUGAAAAUGUGGUGAGCGAAGUUGUUGAAGAGCAGAGUUAUUUUCUAUGUCAAGUCGUUACUACUGAAGAACUUGCAGCAUUUUUAUCAGAUAGUGUCCUUGAUGAUGUUACCAGGUAAAU